UAUAUGAAUCACAAAAAAUCACGUUUGACUGAUUUGUUUAGAAAAAUGAAUAAGGAUAAUAAUGGUUUAAUACCACGUGCCGAAUUCAUAUAUGGAAUAAUAAAAUUUGACACUUCUCGAAUGGAAAUGGGUGCAGUGGCAGAUCUUUUUGAUCGUAAUGGUGGAGACCCGAUUGGCAAGAACGCAAACCAGCAACUGAUUCAGAUAAAAUACAUGAUGAAGUUAAACGCCUUGUUAUCCUUUGCACAUGUCGACAAAAAUUUUGCGUAUUUCAAGUUGGCAAAGGGAAAUAUAGGUUUGGCGACUCGACUCUCAAAAAUUACGAAUAUUGCGAAUAUUGCGUAGCACAGUUAUGGUUCGUGUAGGUGGCGGCUGGCUUGCACUUGAUGAGUUCUUAUAAAAAAAUUUUCCUUGUCGCGAUUUGUUAUUGCAUGUUAAAGUAUGUAUUUGUGCGAUUCCAAUUUGAUGUUCUCUGGGACUCGUUUAAGGGGUAUUAUUCAAACAUUUGAAAUAUACUCUAAAGUCUGAAUGGUUCACGUUUUUCGACUGGUGUAGUACCACGAGAAGUUCUGCGCAUCGUUGAACUAAAUGUUGGCUCAGGUGAACUCUUUCUUGGGGUUUGCAUGCCUGAUGGUGUUGAACUGCCACUUAUAUUUCGCCUGUAGGAUCAAAUGUUCAAUAUGUAUUAUUUUUUGAAUUCAGUAAAAAUAAAACUGUCAACAUUGUAGUAAGUAAAUAACGUAAAGUA